AUGCAGAGUCGGAGCACUUGCGCGCGCAGGCCCCGUGGCGGGUCAGGGGAGGGGACGACGCGGCCCAGCCUCCGCGAUCACACCUCACCGCAGCGCCAGCGUUGCCGACUUUCGAAGUCUGCGGAGGAAACCACCGAACCGGUGCUCACGUGCACCGCUUCCACCGCUGCCGCGAUUACCUCGAGCCCAUCGAUGCGAGCAACCGCGACCAGCUUAGCGCUCUCCAUACCGCGCUCUCGCAACUCGGCCGCUUUGGAGGCGUUUUCACUGAGCUUUCAGAAUUGCCUCCACCGGCAGGAGAUCCUCUUCCAGCGCGUCGACGCCGCCGUCGCUCAGCUGGAGGGCGCGCGCGUCAACGCUGGCUGUGGUGCGUCGUUUCCAUCCCCGCUGCACGAGGUCGGUGUGACGCUUUUCUCGUCUUUCCCAACGCCGACAGGCCCGGCUCGGAGCACUGGCCCGCUGCCGCGGUAUGCGUUACCGCCAUACCACCUCUCCCCCUACAGUCCCGCGGCGGCAGAGGCCGGGGUGCCGCUGGCGCAACCGAACACCACUAUAACCCUUCCAGGCAUUGUUGCCGGAGGAAGGAGCAGCGGCACCGCCGCUGGCAUUGCGAGCUACAACAGCCACAUGAGCGGCCCCCCGAUCCCCGUUGUGUCGCUCGCCUCGCCAGUACUUUCCGUCUCGUCCUCCCUGCACGAGUUCCCGUUCGCUGACAUUCGCCACAACGCGCGGCGGCGUCCGCCAAGCCAAAGCUCCGCGUCCUCGACUCUCUCUUUGUCCGUCGUUGUGAUGCGGCCCGCGCUGGAGCGCAUUGGCGGCAGUCGAGGAGCUGCGACGGCGGGGUAUCCUUCCUCCCAGGGUCAUCUAUCACCACUUCCGCAGACGUCGUCGCACCUCGAGUUGCCGACCUACGUGCGGCUUGAUGGAGCGGCAACGGCGCCGACCCAGGCGACCCCAUCUAGGCUCUCACAUCCACUCGCACACUUCCCUUCCUCGACACCGGCGGCACCGCUGUCGCUCGCUCGGUUAGCCGACAUGCAGCAGCAGUUCCUCACGAGCAACACCGGCUGCACAAGCAGCACGCCACGGAACACAGGAGUAGCGUCGCCGGCGCUGGGCAGUGCUGCGGCGGUGGCCCACACCUCACCCCUCUCCUUCAGUGGCGGAGGGGCGCUGGGCACACAGCGAUAUCCAGUCGCUGAAGCGGAUGUCAUCACGGGUGACCCGACCACGGAAGCCGCUGCGCUGCUUGCGUCUGUCGAAGCAGCGUCUUCGCACGAGGAAGCCACGUCGCGUAGCUUGGUGAGUACCGCUGUGGAGACCAGCGCGCCUGGGGAUGCAUGGCGGAGCGCCAGGAGUGGACUGAAGAGCAGUACUGCAAGCGAGUCGUCCACUGACCGCAGUGACUCCGCUUCUCCGGCCCGACCCGAUGUGCCGACGCCGUACCUCGCCACUACCAUCUCUGCCGCAGACAAGAGCUUCAACAGCUGCUGUUGCUGCUGCGGCGGCGCAGAGAGCGAUAGGAUGCCGACGUGGUCUAACAGCCUACCUGGGCACGCGAGGGACGGAAACCUUCGCCUCAGCGACAUUGGUGAUUCUUCCGUAAUGAGCGUCUUCAGCGAGAGUGCGGAGAGCGUGUCGCUCUCGCCGCUCUCGCAUCUACCUUCAAUUUGGGUCGGCACCCCGAGGGCGCGGAGCGCCUUCGGUCAGACGUCGCCGCUGCAGCCACUGGCGCCGUUGCAACAAAACUCCUCGCUUGGCAGGAGCGGCAUCAACAUAGCGUGGAUGCCACCCCACCUUGUGUCGAAUAGCCACAAUAGCCACAACAGCAGCAAUGCCGCUGGUACGACGCAGGCACCGGCGGACCAGUCCCCCAGCGCAGAGGCCGUGUCAGAGCACCCGCGACAUACACCGACUGUGGUUAGCUCCAGCGGCUCUCUGCUGUCGACGAGUCAGCAGCAACUGCAUCACCGAGGCUCAGCGGAGGUGCUUUUUCCCUUGUCCGCGCCGUGUGUAUUGUCGCCUUCCCCAACACCAGUAGUCUUGCCGCGUGCAAGUGACGUGGUACACUGCAGCAGCGUCCAACUGACCUCCGUCAGCUUGUCAGGCAGCGGCAUACCGCUCGUCAGUGCGAACAGCAGCGGAGGCAACGCUGCUGGGCCGGCAGCGAUGGAUGGAAAUAUCGUCUCCAGCCUUUCUUCAACUUCUCCUCUGAUGCCGUUGGUUUUUUCUGGCAGCGGGAGCGGCUCCACAGGCGGCGGCGGCGGCGCUGUCGAGGAUGCGGCUCAAGAACCGACAUCGCCACUAACGACCUGCCGCCAACUCGCCCUUUCGCCGUCGCGGUCGGCCGAGGAAGUUAAUGGCGAUGAUCCCUUCCCGGAGUCCUCGCUGCGGUCGUCGGUAGGCUCGGCCAAGGAGGUGGCCGCCGAGGAUGCGGAGCUGCAGCGCUUGGCCAAGCGCUACGCUCCACCACCGCCACCGCAAUCGUUGACAGAGUUGCAGCAGCAGCAAAACCAGCGGCGCCGCUGGAGUGCGCCACCCGUGCCCACCAUGCGGCGUCCGCCCAUGGCACCUCUGCGUUUACCCAGCGCUGCCAGCCCGGCGGCGGCGGCGCGGGAUGAGGAGGAGCGACUGCGCAGUGCCACGCCACUGGGUGUGAAACCAGAGGAGUGGCUGUCGUUUGAGCAGCAGCACGAGCGGCUGCACCUGCCGGAGUGCUGGCGUGAUAGCGAGGUGGUCGUCGUCGAUCAUGUGGAGAAGAGUCGAGAAAGUGACACCGAGGAGGCAGCACGGCUGCUACUGCUGGAGGAGGAGCUGCUUAGGGAGCUGCGGCAGAGCCAGUCGGGUCAGAUGGGCAGCGACGGUCUGCUUCGGCGAGGCCGCCGACGGGGAAGUCGACGUCGGCGCUUAAUGGUGGGCGGCAGUGUCACCGACGAGGCGAUAGGCGAGGGGGAGGUUGAUUGGGGUGAUGACUCGGACGAUGAUGCCGCGGCGGACGCCACCUACGAAGCACGCCUGGCGAGUUACGGCAAAGCGAUGUUGCUGUAUCGAAGCCGCCGCUUUCACGCCUCACUGUACCGCGGCGGCGAGGAAAGCUCGCACAGCAACAGCCCAGCUACCACGGUCGGGUGUUGCCAAGGAGGUCCCGUUAGUGGAGGAGACAGACGAGGCUUCACCCCUGGCACCACCAACCCCUCAAGAGGGGAGUCCGAUGGUGACUGCACCGUUUCUCCAGCUGCUACAAACGCUCAUGCAGGCUCGUCGGCACCGUCGAAGCGCAUCUUCAGCCGUCGCCAUUCAGCCCCGGCAACCAUCUGGAGCUCCGACAACAGUGCAGAGUGGCGUGACCUGCAGGCCCGCUUCGACGAACUCAUCAGUAUUCAGCAGCGUAGCCGCGAAAGUGAGUGGGAUGGCACCGAUGGCAUUACUCCUGACGAGCAGCUUCUGGCACCACUAGCGAGCACGAUGGCGUCUAGCCCCAUGAAAGAAGGCCCCGCCAGCGGUAUGCCACGUCGCCGUCGCAGCCGCAGCUGCAGUCACGAACUCACUGCCUGCCCACCAGAUGCGGAGGGCGCGCGGGCGCAGAGCGCCUCUCCUCUGACGGGCGACCUCAGCAACGACUACCGCAGCGACGUGCCGCAUCGCGGCGACGGGGGCAGCACUUCGUCUGCUUCAUCUUCGCGUGUUGCUGUGGCGACACCGAUGCCGCUCGAGCGGACGCACACCCACCCAAGCCCGAGCGGCUACCGCCACGUCGAACAGGAGCGGAAAACUCAAGCCGAUGCGGCGGCAUUGCCUCCCUCGCCGACACGAGCCAAGGAGGGUAUCUCUUUUGCUUCCCUCUCUCCAUACGCAUCGAUGACAUCGUCACCGCUGAAGCAGGGCGGUUCCCCAGUGCAGUCGAGCUGCGCCAACGUGUUGACUAUCCGCAAGAACUCGCCUGGGUUCCCGACGUCGCCACGGCACCUGUCCAUGACAGUGAACGCGACCCGCACCACCGGCACGAAGGGCUCUGCUGAGACACAUAGGGGGGUUGGCAAGCACGACAGUGACGGGGUCAAAGACGAAAAUCUUCAGAAGAGCGCUGUUGCCGUUCGUAAGCCUGUGGAGCCGUCAACACUGCAGACGCCGAAGUCAUGCUUCGCGCCUGUCUCCCGCGCGGCGUCAUCGAGGGGUAUGCUGGGGCGGUCACAACGUACUGCGGGGCUGCCCACCGCGUCAACGAAGGGGCGCCCAAAACCCAAGGCAGCCCGGACAGGUCGCGCCGCCGAGUCGAGGGCUGUUGCUGCUGCAGUGCCGGCAACCCGUGCUGUAUCCGCGAGGCAGAGGCCGCAGGCGUCAGCGACGCCUAUGCCGUCUGCUUUGACAGCCACCAGUGCGAGGAGGGGCAGCAGUGCCGCUUGGAAGUCUGGCAGCUGCGUCUCCGCCAGAGGUCCGAGCAACAGUGUUAACAGCAGAGGAGGACGCUGUGCUCCAUGCAGCUGCACGAGCUCCGCCUUCCUUGACACCACGACCGCUGUCUCCAUCGUUUCUACUAAGGAGGCAGAUGACGAGGCGCCGACUGCUGCGACGGAGUUGCGCAGCCACAGCACUCCUCACAUCGACACGAGGACAAUACUCCCAGCAUCGCCCCCAUUUGGCCACGCUCUCGAUGGCGGGGAGGUCGUUGAGCCCUUCUCGCAGGUGUUAGUGGCCACCACUGCCACCACUGCCGCCGCGCCAGUCACCGUGCCGACCACCGUACCGCCCCCGCCAACGAUCCAGAAGAGCGCGCAGGACAGCGGCGUGCAGCGCGGACGGCUGCGAGACAAGGUCAACUCCAGCCGAGACCCCGACAAGGACCACGGCGCCCACGAUGUUCUUCUCUCCUCUCCGCUACAGCAUCGGCAACGGAGACACGCUGGGGCGGAGGGUGAGGCAGCCGUGUCGACUCGCCCGUUGCACAAGGCGAGUGCCCGACAUGGGCCGGGGGCUCCAGAGAGCGAAGCGAGGCAUCCGGACGGCGGUGCCGUAGCGGGGUCGAUUACCACAGAGGGCGCCGACUCGCGCGCGCUGCUGCGACGACUUGCCGAGCAGAAGCGCCGCACCCGCGCCAUUGAAGAGUGUCUUCGAUUCGGGGUCAACAGCGCCGCUUUAAACAACCCCCAUAACGGCAGCCACAGUCCCCGCAGCGGCAACGGCAGCGGUUUCAUGUGGGGCGACGGGCUCACCAUAGGCAGGUGGGGGCUGGAGCCAGAGAGCUGCGCGCCAUCGCGCGCCGUCGGGCGUGGAUGCACGGUCGCCGAGCUUGCUCGCCAGGACGUCAGUGCGGCGUUGCACAUGUACCCGGUGCAUCCGGUCAUUGGAGAAGCCACCUUGGACACCCCUAUGACUCGUGCCAUCACGGCUCCGUACUGCGUUGGUGCCGCGGCGGAUGUCCACCACGUGACGGUGAUCGACCCUUCCGACGCUGCGGUUGUCUACGGCACACACGCCGCUCAUUCUGGUGUGGGUGCCGGGGCGGUGGCAACUGCGCAGCAGACCUCAUCAAAUCCACGCCGGCGGCGCAUGGAUCUUCGCCUGCGCCUGUCGUCUAAGUUGACUGCCCCCUUGUCGUCUCAGUCAGCGAGCCCCACGAAGCGCAAUAAGGGCUGCGCUGCACCCCUCACAGCGGCCACCAACGCCGCCGCUGCUGCGUCGAUGGCCCCCGUCCAAAGCUUCCGACGCGCCGAGAGCCUCUACACCACUCUGCGCUCCCGCUCCCCGCUGUACAGCAGCGGAGCGCAGCAUGCCAGCAACGGCGAUCGUCGCCGCCACACCAUUGGCGAUGAUGUUCUGCCAACCGCUACAUUAUCCAUGUCCGAGCGCCGGCUGCAUCCUACGCGGACACCACUGGGCAGUCAGUUUGUCGACUUGGUCCGGGGAGGCGCGUGA